AUGGCCACCCUGCAAACAUCUGAGAAGCCGAAGCUGGUCGUUGAGCCUUCAGAAUCGAAAGACACCGACGAGAAAGGUAGUAGCACGGACAAAAGCUCUCAGUCAAGUGAAGAUGAGGAGAAGCGGUUUUUGGCAAGUUUCGUACUGCUUGGAUGAGAUGAGUUAAAUAAUAACGAAUUCAGGUAACUUGGGACGGCGACGCGGAUCCCGAGAACCCGUUAAACUGGAGCUCUGUUCGACGAUGGAUUAUCACCCUGCUCUGCUCUCUAGGCGGCUUCGUGACAAUGAUGUCCGGCGCCAUGAUUGCACCAGCGCUUCCAGAACUUUCACGAGACCUCGACAUGUCUGAAGCCACGGCAGGGCUUGCUUUGUCGGUGUUCAUUCUCGCAUUCGCGUUCGGCCCCAUGAUUUUGGGGCCGUUGUCUGAGAUUUAUGGCCGCCGUCCGGUGUGGCUAAUCAGUGGACUUUGGUAUUCGGUCUUCAACAUCAUGUGUGGAUUCUCGCACAACAAAGGCACUAUGAUUGCGGGCAGAAUUCUUUCCGGGUUUGGCGGGAGUGUGGACUUUGUCGUAAGUGUUGGGAAUCAAUGGCGUAAUAUCCCUACUCACGUACUUUUACAGAUAUCUUAUCCCGUGCUCUAUGAUAUCUGGAGACCAGAAGAGAGGGGCAAGUCGAUCGCCAUCAACAGCGUCUUGCCAAUGCUUGGACCCGCACUUGGCCCAUUUCUCGGAGGAGUGCUCACACAAGCCGCCGGAUGGAGAUGGCUCUUCUGGUGGGCCGCCAUUUUCAAUGGAGUCUUGGUCUUUGUAGCCAUCUUUCUUUUUCCUGAAACCUCGUCAGCAAAAAUUUUGGGCAACAAAGCACGGCGUCUCCAAAAGCAAACAGGCGCGCCAUACCAUACAGAGUAUCACGCUGCGGACUCAAAGCUAUCCGAGAAGCUUUACGUGAGCUUGAAGAGACCGGUCAAGAUGCUGUUCCUACAACCCAUUCUACCUCUGGUGUCAAUCUACAUGUCGUACAACUUCGGCGUGUUGUACGCAUUUCUGUCGACAAAUUCGUUACUUUACACGGAGAAAUACCACGAAGAUACUCUAACCAGCGGCCUGCACUAUCUCGCCCUGGCCGUUGGGUAUACUAUCGCUCAACAAGGAGGAGGAAGACUCAUGGACCAUAUGUACAAGCUGCUGAAGAAGAGGCAUGGUGGUGAUGCAGCCGUGCCGGAGUGGAGAGUUCCAAACAUGAUUCCCGGAAGCGUCUUGAUCCCUGUGGGACUGCUCUGGUACGGCUGGUCAGCAGAAGCUCGAUUGCAUUGGAUCAUGCCCGACAUUGGAGCAGCGAUCUUCGGCUGCGGGUUUAUUCUCAGCACAGUCGCCAUGCUCUCAUAUCUUCUCGACUCCUUGCAGAAAUAUACGGCCUCCGCAAGCGCUGCUGGGCAGUUGAUGAGAAUGAUUGCAGGAUUCGCCUUUCCCAUCUUUGCACCGGCGAUGUUGAACAAACUUGGCUGGGGCUGGACAAAUACAGUCUUUGCGCUGAUCGCUAUAGUCUUGGGUAUCCCUGGGCCAUUGAUACUUUGGAGAUAUGGUGCAAAGAUAAGAGCGAUAGGUAAAGCACUAUAG